CACAGCAGAUGACGGUUAUCCCCUUGUUUCCGUGUGUGACUGCGCAGCGUCUGAUAGGCGGAGCCACUGUUUUGAUUCUAACCGCCAAUCAGCGACGACAGGAAAUCGCGGUUUCUUCAAUUUGUUGUUUUGUUGUGUUGAGAAGGACUGCGCGUGAAAAUCACAUAUAAAGGUCGGGUUAUUUAUAGGGCACCGAGAAAAGGUGUUUUGAUAACUAGCAGCUGCUGCCGGUUUCUGCCUCGGCUUUAGCCGUUUGCUACAGUGGACUCUCAUCGGGCAAACGGACCGCUCUAUUAGCACCGUUCGGCCCGUUAAUAUCUCGUGUCACGAAGGUGGUGCGUUAUUAAAGUGGUCCAAGAUGCCCAUGGUACUACGAUCCAGAAAAUCCAUGCACCCAAGUCAGGCGACUGAGGUAGAGUUGACGGACCCAACGCCGGUCACACGGAGAAGGUCGACCCGCCUGCACUGGAGAACUACGUACAAGGAGUCAGAUGAGUCAGACCAUGAGCCUGUCCAGAGCCAAGUGAUGGAGAGACACCAGAGUCCCCCGGCUGAGCUGGAGGAGGAAGCUGUUGAGGAGGCAGAUCUAACGGAACUGAGGCAUUGUAGUGUUUUGCUGGACCGUCUACAGGCUGAUGACAAGGCUGCAAAAAAAGAGCUUGAAGAGAAAGAAGACAUGAACCGCAAAGGUGGGAAAUCCGUCUCUCGUAUCCCUACUUUCCAUAAACGACCUACCAGUGCAAGCCAGAACACGGAGCUGCCUGUUCCCAAAAAAGAUACCCCUGUCCAUGUAUCUCAGCCCCAUGAAAAAGCUGGAUGUGGAAGCAUGGAAGCUUCAAAGUCCAAACCGCCUGAUGCCAGAGAAAAAGCCCUUCCAUUGCCAUCAGUCCGAGUCCCCAAAAUUGGCUUCGAUGCCCCCUCUCCAUUCAGCAGCGCUGAACAAGCCGCCGCUUCAGCUCAUAGCUCCCUGAUUACUGCACCCAAGAGUUGGAGUUUGUCUGAAUCUGUGCAGCAUCCUCUUAUGACUGCAAGCCCCAGGCCUGCUCUGAGGCCAGAAAAAGGGUCAGAGCAACAUUUACCAGAGCAAGACCAGAGCAAAACCUCAGAAAUAGAAGCUGAUACCAGACCAGAUAACCCUGUAAGUUACCUUUCACAUGAGGGCCCCCUAAGCCAAAAGCCCCAGGAUGAUACAGGAGAAAAGUAUGAUGUUGAGGUUAAAGGCGGGAUUACCCUCACUGCCUCUGGAGACACCGCAAAGUCUGAGGGGGCAGAAAGUGCUAGCACAACUGAGGUCAGCCAAGUGGAUGCUAUUAUGGACGAAGAACCACCGUGGGAAACAGAGCCAAUGAACAUACUUGAAUUAAAGGACAGUAGAUCUUCAUCAGAUGUUGAAUGUGAGGUGGAUUUGACGGGUAAAAAGUCUGAGCACUUCAGUCUAGGAGAGGUGAAGGACCAUCAUGAACCACAUAUAAUCCAGUCAGAAUUUUCAAAACUUGCAGAGAAAAGAGCCGAUAUGAACGAAUCCACCUCUACUGUAGCACCAGAGAAGCCUGCUAAAGUUAGAUCAACCAAGUCAACUAAGAGCUCAGGGUUCUCCCGUUUUGCCCUCUUCUGCUUCCUGCCCACCACCUUGCUGCUUCUUGGAGGGCUUGGUCAGCAUGUUUGGCACUACGGGCUUCCCAUGUCUGUGGCCCAGCUCAUGGCUCAGCUGGAGCUGCACUGGCUAGAGGGUUUUGGCUUAGUACCAGAGCCUUGCAGCACUGAUUGUCGAGUGCAUCUGGUGGAGAGCAUCCCGGUAGGUCUCUACCAGUCUUCUCCCUCGUCCAGACAGAGCAUCGCAGACAGCUGGCUUCAUCUGCUGGACAAGGCCAACAGCUCCGUCCACAUCGCUGCUUUCUACUUCAAGUUAAGAGGAAGCAAUUUGGAGUUCGCUGACUCCUCUGACUCUCAGGGAAGAAAGGUCUUUGAGCUCCUGAAACAACUUGAAUCGAAAGGUGUGAAACUCCAGAUUGCUGUCAACGCCCCCCAGACCUCAACCCAAGACACAGCAGAGCUGGCUGCAACAGGUGCAGAAGUUAGAGAUAUAGACCUCAAAGCUGUAACUGGAGGCAUCAUCCACACCAAGCUGUGGGUGGUGGAUCAAAAGCACUUCUACCUGGGUAGUGCCAACAUGGACUGGCGCUCUCUAAGUCAGGUGAAGGAGGUGGGUCUGUCAGUGGAGGACUGCAGCUGCCUGGCUCAGGACGCCUUUCGGAUCUUUGGGGUGUACUGGAGCAUUGGGGGUGCGAACAAUCGAUCCUUGCCCCCGUACUGGCCUGCUCGCCUCUCUGCCCUGUCCAGCUCCCAGAAUCCCCUACGUCUGAAGUUCAAUGGAGUACCUGCCCAAGUCUACCUGUCUAGUGCCCCUCCGCAAAUCUCAGCCCGCGGCCGGUCUGACGAUCUCGCCACCAUCUUGUCUGUCAUCAACGACGCCCAGAAGUUCGUUUACAUCUCUGUCAUGGACUACCUUCCUCUCUCUCAGUUCACAGAGCCAAUCAGGUUCUGGCCCGCCAUCGACUCGGCCCUGCGUGCUGCAGCCUGCACCCGAGGGGUGCAGGUCAGACUGAUGGUCAGCUGCUGGGAGCAUUCUCCUGCCAAAAUGUUCACCUUCUUGCAGUCCCUGCUGGUGCUCAACAGGCCUCCACUGAAAUGUGACAUUGACAUAAAAAUCUUUACAGUGCCUUCAACGGCAGAGCAGAUGAAGAUCCCCUUUGCACGAGUCAACCACGCGAAGUACAUGGUGACAGACAGAGUGGUCUACAUAGGGACGUCCAACUGGUCAGAGAACUACUUCACUCACACUGCUGGUGUGGGCUUGGUUGUGAACCAGACGGGCUCAGAAGUCGGAAAAGGCCAGCAGACUCUGCAGAGCCAAGCCGAGGAGCUCUUCCUCAGAGACUGGAGGUCCCAGUACACCAGCACGCUCUCCGUUGACAGCGUGGAUGUCUGCCCUCAUGGCCGACACUGAGGGUUUGCUGUUCAAUAAAGCACGUAGCAUUGUAGAUGAGCAUCUUGCUUGUUCCUGCCACUUGAACUUCAUUUUACUUACAUAGAAAUCAGCUUGCUGUACUGUGCAAAUGAACGGAUUAUUUCAUUGCUGUUUCCUGCCUGCCUUUUUCUGUAUAUAAUUGCAAUUUUAUAUUUAGUUUCAGAAUGUGUUAUUUUUAUACUCUAAUGUUUUGACAAUUUUCUUACAUGCGCAAGGUGCAAGGGAACUCGCUUUGUACAAUUUAUUUCAUGCCUGGAGCAUUUUGUAUAUUUUCCUUAAAAAUGUCAGUGCCAAGCUUUAAGAAUCUUAUGCAGGAAAUUAAACAUUUCCGAAGAGGUGCAGACACCAUGGGCAUGUUUACACUGCUGAAGCUAUCAGCUGUUAAUAUUCAUGUUUAGUGAAAGCAUUUGAUGUAAUGUUAGUCCAACAGUACAAGAUUAUUGUGAAUAAUGGCAAUUGUCCAUUUAUAACUGAUUGCUGCCUCAUUAAAAAAAUCCAAUUUCAAUGUUUACCACUGUAACCAGAAAA